AUGGCGCCCAAGCCCCCAAACGAACACCUCCCCAUCGCCAUCAUAGGCGCCGGCAUAGCAGGCUUAACCCUCGCCCAAGCCUGCCGCCGCCACAACAUCCCCUUCCGCCUCCUGGAGCGCCACCCGCACGGCCACCGCCGCCAAGGCCACCGCUUUCGCGUCUCCGAGGAGGCCUUUGCCGCGCUGCGCGAUGAUGCGCUUGCUGACGACAGGGAGCUGCGGGAUCUGCUGGUACGGACGGCGCCCUGUCGGCGCAAGGAGGGGGUUGCGCAGCGACCGCCUCGGUUUCCGGAUGCGAAGACUUUUGAGAUGGAUGAGCGGUUGCUGGCUAGGACGACGGCACAUGUGCAUUCUGUGCCUAUCGAUCGCGGGUGGGUGCGGGCUGUGCUGGAGGAGGGGCUUGGGGAUGCUGUGGAGUAUGGGAGGGAGUUCCUGCGGUAUGAGGAGAAGGAGGACGAGGGCGAGGAUGGUCGCUGUUUUGUCAGGGUUUGGUUUACAGAUGGGUCGUUCUUGGAUGCCAGCCUGCUUGUGGGCGCGGAUGGUGUGCGGAGUCUUGUCCGACGGCAGUUGCAGCCUGCGAGGCGCCUUUUGGAUCUCAACAGGUGGAUUGUCUGGGGCCGCACGCCUCUGGUGGCUGGUGCACAUAAGAGCGGCGGAGACAAUGAUACUGACAUGUCGUCGUGGCUUAUGGCGGUCGACAAGGAGGCUGGUGCGCAGUGCGUCGUGGAGGCCAUCACAUGGGACGAUGAGGCCAGGCAGGCCGCGGCAGAUGCUGGGUUGUCGCCCUCGCUGCUGGGGGACUACUCCUACUGGGCUAUUGCUACGGCGCCAGCAUCAGGAGAACAUGGGUUGCCGCAGACUGCGGAGGAGACGAGGGCAUUUGUGGCGCGGAUUACAGAGGGUUGGCAUCCGCGGCUGAAGAAGGUGCUGGACGGGGCGGAUUAUGGGGUUGCGACUUGUAUUCCUGUUGUGUCGAGUAAACCGGAUAUUGAGCUGCCCGUGGAGGGGAAUGGGGAGAGGAGGAGGGGGAGGGUGUUGGUUACGAUUAUUGGGGAUGCGGCACAUGCUAUGAGUCCUAUGGGGCAGGCGGGAGGAGAUCUGGCGAUUCGGGAUGCGGUGGAUCUUGCUAGGGCUAUUGCGAGGGGACGGGAUGAGGAGGAGGGGGAGGAGCAGGGGAGGAGUUUGAUGGCUUUUGAGAGAGUCAUGGCGGCGAGGGCAAAGGAGAACCUUGAACGUGCGUUCUCGAACGGGCGUAGGUUCUGGGCGAAGGAGGGGUAUCGUGAGGUCCAUCUGUAG